CCAACAACGAGCGGUGGUUGCCAGCAGACAAAAGAGCAAAGCGCAAGCAAGCGAAGAGCAAGCAAAGAGCAAGCCAAGAGCAAGCCAAACAAGAUGAUGCUUCUUCGUCUUCCACGUCUGCUUUGCCCUGGUGCUCCUCGUCUGGCUCCGCUUCGUGCGCAACAUGUCGCUCGACACGCUCGUGAUUCCGUGCGCCAUGCAACUGCGCUUUCGCUGUCCACCCGUUCUGACUGCGCACUGAGAAGCGCUGCAUGCGCUUCAACACCAACAACACCAACAGUGAGGUCUACACAUCGCUUGCACACGCUCGCAACGACAAGAACGCCACCGACAGCAACCACAACAGCAACCACACCAACGUACCCAGUGCUGCUUGCACACCCGCGUCGCCACAUCACGACGGGUUCCGGCUUGCGCACGACAUGGAUGAUGCGGCUGCUCCAGUUUUUGAACCGCGCCCACUGGGUGUCAGACCGUUCCAGGCUGGAGUGGUUCCCUCCCUUUUUCGUGAUGCGGGUCAAGGUGCUCAAGAUCGAGGACGGCUGGCGCAAAGUGCACAUGAAGCUGCCGCUCAACACGCUGUCCAGGAACCCGGGAGGUGUGAUGUUUGGCGGCUACCAGGUGGCGGUGGCCGACCCGGUGCCCGCCAUGGCGUGUGCCCGCGUCUUCAAGGAGUACUCGUGCUGGACACGCGCCAUGACCAUCGACUUUGUUCGCGGCGGCACCACGGACUUGGAGAUGCGGUUUGAGUUUCCCGAGCACUUUGAAGAGGAGAUUCGCCAAGAGCUGAAGGAGAAAGGGCGUGCAACGCCUACCUUCCACUACAACUUCUACCUCAAGACAGGCGAGCUGUGUAGCCGCGUCACCAACACCGUUGCCAUUCGCCCAAAGGGAUACAUCAAGGCCGUCACACCACCAGCUUCCUCAGACGGCUUCUAGCAUAGAGAGAGAGUGUGUGUGUGUAUGUGUGUGUGUGUAUGUGUGUGUAUGUGUGUGUGUGCGUGUAUGUGUGUAUGUGUGGAAACCUCUGUGUCAGUGUGUGUAUGUGUGUGUGUAUGUGUGUGUGUGGGUGUGUGUCGGUGUGUGUGUCGGUGUGUGUGUGUGUGUAACCUCCGUGCGCAUGCGUGGACACUGAUUUGGAUUCCUGCUUUCAUUGUGUUGAACUAGCUCGCCCUUCUUGCCUGCCUUUCUCCUUACCUGCCUUGCUUCUUCGUAGCUUCGUGUUACAUACCCGAGUACCCGCGCUGCGCUUUGCAAGCGUUUCAUAGCAACAUACCACUGAACGAAUGACAUCUCUGC